AUGAAUGGGGACCUGAGUCUCUCCCAAGCCCUUGGGGGCUUGCGAAUCGCGAACCCCGACGACGCUGCCGAAGCAUCCAUCUCGCCGCCUCCAGCCGAUGCGGACCCUCACACAAUCCCCCAACCCGGCGUUGACCACGGCUCGAGCUCUUCCGCUACGCAUACCCAUCCUGAUGCCCCCGAUUCCCGCCGCCCCAGAUCAUCCUUCUACGACAACCUCGCCGCUACGACAGACCUCCCGGUCACAGCCCGUCCCAACCGAGAACACAGCCAGCGAGGCGCUCAGCGUCCAUCUCAGCUUGCCCACCACGCAAUUGGCGCCCCCGACGAACGAGCUUCCUCCGUUCCUUUGCGCCUGAGCUCCAGGGGUGUCGUGUCCGCUGGCGGCGCAAUGGGAGGCUCCUCCGGAACCUAUAGCGCGGCGUCCAACAGCGUCGAUGUCGCUCCGUUCGCUGGAGACUCCUCGGUCCCUGCGACCACUGAAGAGUGGAAGGAUCGCGGAGCCGCCGUCGGCGUACGCCGCGAGCUGGACUCCAACGGGAGACCCGUAGCCCGCCAAGUUAAAAAGGGUGUCAGGGACUUUUCCUUUGGCCGCGUCCUGGGCGAAGGCUCGUACAGCACCGUGUAUCUGGCGACUGAUCGCCAGACCCUCAAGGAAUACGCCAUUAAAGUGCUGGAGAAGAGACACAUCAUCAAGGAGAAGAAGAUCAAGUAUGUGAACAUUGAGAAGAACACGCUGAACCGCCUCACCGAGCAUCCCGGUAUUGUCCGCCUCUACUACACUUUCCAGGACGAGACCUCUCUAUAUUACGUCUUGGACCUCUGCAACGGCGGUGAGCUGCUCGGCGUCCUCAAGAAAACUGGCACCUUCGAUGUGGAUUGCGUGAGAUUCUAUGGCGCUCAGAUUCUCGAUGCGAUCGACUACAUGCACUCGCGCGGUGUCAUCCAUCGGGAUCUGAAGCCCGAGAAUGUGCUUUUGGACAGCCAGAUGCACGUCAAGAUAACCGACUUUGGCACGGCCAAGCUUCUUCGAGACCCGCGGGAUCCAAGAGACGGAGCCAGUAACGACCGCGGCCUCCCUGACACUGAGAGGAGGGAUGGCGAAGACGACGCCCGGGCAGCCUCGUUCGUGGGAACGGCAGAGUACGUCAGCCCAGAGCUGCUUACGCACAAGAAUGCGUGCAAGGCCAGCGACCUGUGGGCGUUUGGGUGCAUCAUCUACCAACUUUUGGCCGGACGGCCGCCCUUCAAAGCGGGCAGCGAAUACUUGACGUUCCAGAAGAUUGUCAACCUUGAAUAUGAAUUUCCACCUGGAUUCCCCCCUUCAGCCCGGGAUCUUGUCGAGCGGUGCCUAGUUCUCGACCCGGCGAGGAGGCUCACAAUUGAACAUAUCAAGAACCACGAGUUCUUCACGGGUCAGCAGUUUGGCAAGAGCCUGUGGCGAGCGAAAGCUCCAAGGUUGCGGCCAUACGUCCCACCUGCGCAGGAGCCCAACAUCAUUCAACUCAAUGGCUAUUCCUCAGGAUCCGCACCUGCUCCCGGUAACACGCCGACCUCUCGCCCACAGCUGCACACCCAAGGGAACACCCCCAGCGGUGCUCAGCGGCCUUCCCGCAUCAUUACAGAACUCCCGCCGCCGACUCAGCUCGACAUAGAGUGGUCACCGGUUUUGACCAAGAACAAUGAACGGAUUCUCAAACUUGGCGACCUGAUGGUGAUACAGACGCCACUAUCACACGGCAGCCACGGCAAAGGCUCGGAGGAGGGCCACAAAAAACUGUCGCGUUUCUUCGGGGGUAGCACCACGAAGAAGAGACAACGUCUGGUGAUGAUCACAUCGAGUGGGCGGAUUGUGCUUGCUCCUGCAGGGGGCGAAGAGAAGCGGACAAAGCACGAGCUCUCUCUCCUCUCUGCGGACUGCACCUGGAGAAGUCAACAGGAUGCCAAGGGGCAGCUGGUAUGGUGUGUAGAUACGAAUGGCCAGCAUUACACGUUCGAGGAAACCAAAGCAUCGGUGAAUGCGGAAGGGGGAGGCAGCACGGCGGAGGACUGGAUUGAGUGCCUCGAGAGAGCAAGGGACCUGGCCAUGUCCCAAAACGCAACAGCACACGGCGACGACAACCCUUUUUCAGAAUUGCCCACCACGGCGUCAAGCCCGGCCAGCACCCUUGGUAGCAGGGCCAAUCUGGCUGAUGGCUACGGGCCAAGUGAGCGAAAUACGAGAGGCCACCUCAGAAAGAACCACGGCGGUCACGACGAUGUCGGCGCCAAGCGGAACCGCUUUAGCAAAAGGCAGUCCCGAAACGGGUUGGGGUCAGCAUUCUAG